AUGGACGAAUUCACGGCUGUAUUCACUUACAUUUCUGGACUAGACAUUGACGACAUUGAUAGCCUGCAGUCGCGAUCCAGAGGUAAGGCUGUAGGGGAAGGCAGCGGACCUACUUCUCCUGUCAGCGAUGAGGAAUUCGCCUUCCUCUUGUUUGCCCAAGAGGCGCAGGCGUUGUUGAACAUUACGAAGGAUCACAUUGUUACCACCCGCAAGGAUGGCGACAAUCCAAGUCGUUCUUUGGUAGAGGAACUGGCAGCCAUCGAGGAGAUGGCGCGGCACGACCGACAAAUGGCUAUCGCUCUCUCGGAAGGACGAGAGCCUCCGAGACGCCAAACAAGCCUCGUCAGUCUCCGUGCUGCAGGCUUACCGCACUCGGAAGAUAUUGAACCGUUUACUGCAUUAGAGGACAGUGCAGCAUCUGUAGCUUCAUCAAGUGCGGAAGAGCUGCAAUCGUCUUCGACAUCGAGUCCUCCAGUUCUACCGUCGGAAACGGUGGACAUCUUGAUACCAUGUCCGCCGUCUCCUGUCUCGAGUGCAAGCAAAUCUCUACUUCCUGCAACGUUACCUCCCAUUGAUCUUUCGCCCACCUCCAUCCUUACAUCAAAGCCUGCGGAAGGAUCGAGUUCCCCGGGUGGCAAUGCAGUCACGGUCACCCCAACGGAGACUUGCAUAAUUUGUAGCGACAUCAUUGAGGAAAGCGUUGUGCGCAUGCCUUGUGGCCACACUUGCGAUACUGGUUGUCUCAAUAACAUGUUCCGCACGGCCAGUGUCGACGAAUCUGUCUUUCCUCCUCGCUGCUGCCAAACAGCUAUCCCACUCGAUGAGGUUCGCCACCACUUGGGACCCACGGUAGCAGAAACCUUCCAGACGAAGUCUCUAGAGUUCAAUACCGCCAAUCGCGUGUAUUGCCAUCGCCCGACAUGUUCUGCCUUCCUCGGUGCGGCGACAAUCGCUCCCUCCUUGCUGUCUUGCACAUGCUCUGCGAAGACAUGCGGCAGCUGCAAGGAGGAAGCGCAUCCCAACCAAGGAUGCUCGCCGCCGUCCGAUCAGGUCGUUCUAGGUCUCGCUAAGAAGAAUGGGUGGCAGCGAUGCCCCGGCUGUUUCCACCUUGUGGAGCUCUUCCUUGGCUGCCACCACAUGGAAUGCAUUUGCAAGAAACAAUUCUGCUACCUCUGUGGAGUAACCUGGAAGGGGUGUUCUUGUCCCCAGUUCGCGGAAGAGCAUUUGAUCCUAGCUGAAUAA